AAAGAAUCGAGAAACGAGAAACGUACGAAUGAGAAACAAGUCUACCGUUCGAAAGUCAAGGUCGUGCCUGUCAAAAAGAUGACGCGUGUACCGGUGUAUUAUUUAACGUCUCGCCUGUAAGUGACACGAGGGAUUCCUUUUCAGCCGGUCGUCGCCACGAGACGUAUGCCUUCCUUCCCAGAAGCCUCUACGAAUUCUUCGCCUUUUUCUUCGCGCGACCGUACCGCGUGAAGUUGUACGCAAUAUGUACCGUAGACAGUCGUUCGCGAGACAGUCGACUGUGUUUCGUACGAGUAUUCUUUAAACAUUGGCGAGACGUGAAAGAAAGAAAACGAAACAUCGAGCUAGUCGACAGAAAAUUGUCGAUCGUUAAACGCCAUCGUUAAAACAACCGUAAAGUUGCGUGGUCAAGUGAAUCGGGAACGUGCAGCAACUGGAUAGAAUUGAGAAAUCGUUUCCUCUUAACGUGAGAUCGAAUCGUACGUUGUUGACGUUGAAUGUUGUGAGGCACGGUGUUCGUUCGUCCUCUGCCAUGACACAUUGACGUUCGCGCUCGUGUUUCACUGUUUCUUUCUACCACAACGACGGCGGCACAAAAACGAACCGGUGUAUUCGUGUACGAAGAAUUCGUAACGAACGUUCUGUCGAACGUGAAGACAGAAGAGGAGGGGAGGAAAAGAAAAAAAGUGAACAGUGACGAGAAUUCGAGGCACGAGGAGGUUUGACGAAAUAGCAACGGGACGCGAGAGCCGGGAGUGUUUAUGCCAGCUUGACAGCUGACGGCCAGUGGUUUCCAGCACGUCGACAACCUGGCGGCACGGUUCAAAUGAAGCUGAGGCGUCGCUGCAUGCAGACGCUCGGCGUCUCCGUGAAACAGUUAAGGAGAAAGCUGCUUGAGCUGGGCGCACGAAUCCUUCACGUUCAGGGUUCGAAACCACGCGACAUGGCCCUAGUGAUGCUGUCGGUGAGCCCAGGAAUGGAGGUAGGCAGCGGUGGUCACGGCGGCCUCGGUGGCGGACUAGAGGGUGAUCCGAGCGGUGGUGGCGCCGUUGUGGGCGGGGGCGGUGGCGGGAUCGGCGGUGGCGGCGAAGGAGCCACCGACGGGAUGCAAGAAGCGAUGGUCGCUGCGGCCAGGGACCGGGCGAUUCGCGCCGGAAGUGUCCGGCAGGACCUCGCCCUCGACCUACCCCCGCGGCUCCAGCUUCCGGAUGGCGAGGAACGUCCGUACGGGGCGCACACCGCCCUUCACCUGCGCGACCCGGAGCAGGAGAGCGAGAUAUACCAGAAGUGCGUUCGACCGCCGCCAAACCGGACGGUGUUCGACAGCGAGAGUCCGCCGCCUUACCGAAGCCAGUCCGCGUUGUUGGACGCGCCGGAGCGGAUAGUCCGGUGCCAUAGCGCAGGCAGUUCCCUGUUGAGGGUGUUCCGGAAGUUCCCCAGCCCUGGCAGCUCGACGCCUGCCGUGGUGGUACCACCUAGGCGGCCAACCUUGUCCAGUUAUUCCGAGUCCAGUAGCAACCUGAGCAACCUGUCCAGCUUGACGGUGGUGCCGUGCGAAACAGACGAGAGUCAACAGCAUCAGCAGCAUCAUCAUCAUCACCAUCAGCAACCGCCGGCGGCGCACCAGCAUCAACAGCAGCACGUCUGAUCCGAGGCGCGUUCGAGAAGGAGAGCACUCGAGGUCACCACGACGAACACGUCGUCGUCGAGUAGCGAGUUCCUCGAGGUCGAUGGACGACCAAGGAUCUCGUGGAAACGGCGACGAGCCGUCCCAGCCGUCGUGGCGGAACAGCGACGUGAAAAGAUGGAGGAACGACGAGCCGACGACGAGGAGGACACUGGCAGCAGCGCCGAGAUCGUCGUGCUUGUCCUACCCUCUUCGAGAAUCCUCCAGCCGUCGUCGAGGAUCCCUGAAGACUGACUCGCAGGAGAAAGUUUGCACGGUUGGUGGUGGUGGUGGUGGUUCGGCCAGCUGACGACGACAACGACGACGACAACGACGAGGACGAGGACGAUGCCUCGUUUAAACGGAGUGGACGGGCGCGGAUUAGAGCGCGUGAUGAGAAUCUCGCCGGCACACAAACAUAAACACACAUAGACACACAAUCUUGGGACAGCGGAGAAGAGAGGACCGAGAGAGAAUUCGAGGAAUAAUCUUCUUCCUCCUCCUUCUCCAACCUUCAUCUCCUCCUGCUUGCCGUUGUAGCUUCUUGCUGCUACACUGUUCUUGUUCUUGUUGUAGUUGUUGUUGUUGUUGUUGCUACUGCUCCUCCUUUGGACACUAGUUUCGAUGGUCCUCCAGCUGGUUAGAGAGAAAGAACGAGGAGGAGCGUCCUCGGCCGGAGGCUGAUAUCGUCAGAGUGUUGGAGAAGCAGACACGACGCAGAGAAGAAGCUAAAGGUGGAAUUUACACACACAGAGAGAGAGACACGAGGAAUAGCAACGGUGUGUGUUGAGCUGCGUUUCGUGGAUCGAUCCCAUUCGGUGCUUGACGAUGCUUCGUCAAUCUAACGGCAAUCCUAACAGGCCAGUCUCCUAAGCCUAGAUCUCAUGAUGAUUCCAAAGCACUCUAGCACGAGAGACAGGGUGAAGCUCGUGUAACGCCAGUUAAGAGAGACGAAGAGGGGUAGUUGUAAAACUGGAUGGACCAUUCUGAGAAUGAGGAACACGAUGGGAGAUGUCGACGACGACGACGAUGGAGAAAUUAAGAGAGGCCUACCGGAUAAAAUAGACAAAAGAGAGAAAGAAAGGACUGACGAAGGAGAGCGAUUCACGAAGCAGCUCGAAAUUGAAGAAGUCGUCGUGGUGUUUUAGACAACAAAUUGAUGGUUUUGUCACAUUGGCGGAGGACAACGAGAGAUAGCAGCCGUGACAGUGACGUAUAUCGACCUGUGGCCAAUCAAUGAAAGAAGAAGAAUAAACUGGCCGCGAAAAACACGCGCAAUGUGACGAGAGAUGCCGAAGAGAGAGAGAAAGAGAGAGAGACCAGUGCGCUGCGCCCGUUCGCUGGCCGAUCCAUCAACACUACCACACCAACGGGACGAUUCUUGUUCACCAAGUAUAUAUACAUACGUACAUGUAUAUGGCCUGAAAGCGUAUAUGUAUAUGUAUGUCGUAUAUUUGGAAAUUUGUUCGCUGCGAAAAAGACUUAGUAAAUUAUUUAUUGGCGAUAAUUCGCGAGCCGUGGCACCAGAGAUAAAGCGGCUAGGCGAAGUAGAAGAAGAAGAGGAAGGGGCGGAUCCGCGGUUAGGCGCGCGCGACUACACGGAAAACGUGGAGAGCGGAGAACGCCGCACACGCUAGAAAUAAAAUGAAUGUGUCCGCGUGUGAAUGAUGCGUCUCGUUUGCAUAUGUAUGCGUGAGUGCGUGCGUUGCGUUGCGUGUGAAUGCGUGAAAAAAGGUCCGUGAACUGGUGUAAAAGGGAUGAAAAGUGACGAUGAGGAGAAGAAGAACGGUUCAAGGGGGAGUUUGGGGAGAGAAGCGAUAGUAACUAGGGAAGGGUGGGGGGUGGGGGAGAAGGAAAUAUCAUUUGAGAGCGAUGGUUAACGCGAUGAAGAGUGAAAGCAAGAGGUAGGAGGAGAUUUUCUGAGUGACUGAUGGCGCGUGAUUAUAUGGACCGUGUAAAUGAGAGAAAGAAUGGAGAAUGUUGAAAGAGUGCGUGAGAGAGAGAGAGAGAAAUGUUGGAGUGAAGAGAGUGUGUGACGGAAGAAAAGUAGUGCCAAGAGCGUAUAAAAACAAGAUGAAGAAGAGGAGGAAGAAAGAUGAUGAUGAUGAAAAAGAAACUCUGUAAAUAUUAGGUUAGGUAGUUCAAUAUCAAUAUAAUUAUUACGACUAAAAAUGAUAUGCUCUAUAUACUUGAUUAAAAAGUAAUAAACCUUACACCACGCAUAAACACGAGUUGGACGGGCCGUACGAAAUCGCCCUGGGACACGCGUUAACGCUUUUCGACGAGGCCUCCGUGAGAAUCUAGAUGUGAAAGAGAGAGAAGGAAAGGAAGAGAGGGAGAGAGAGAGAGAGAGAGAAACUAUCGUUUCGAGCGUUUCGCGAAUAAUCGACGGGUCGAUUUCCUGAAAUCUCCGACGAACAGAGAGUGUAUCUGUUCGCCUCCUCCGUCCAUCGACUCGCUCGUUCCUCCAACCCCUUUUUCUUUUUUUUCCCCUGUCGAAGAGGAAGAAGAACGCCUGAUCGAAGCUUUCGGACUGUUUUUGCGAAGAAGAGGAGGGAGAGCCAGCGAGGCUCUCCCUCUCUCGACGUGAGAACAGAUCGGUAUUCACGUUUUAGUGAUUGGUAACGAGUCGAAGAUCGAGUCACAGAGAGGGAUGAUCGAGUCGGGGAGAGAGAAAAGAAAGGAUGAAACGAGAAAGAGAGAGAAAUGAGAAACGGAAAUCGAUCGGUCGAAUAACGUCGCGACGCUCGUUCGGCUGGCGCGUCUCGCCGUGUUUCGAAUGGCUCGCACGAUGUCUGAUAUAACGCUACUUUAUUAUUAUUCAGAUAGAUAAGGCUUCAGUUUUCUGACAAAGGGAAAAAAAAAAGACGAAGAAAA